AUGCCGUCAAAUGAUCAGACAUCGGAUAUAACGAGAUGGGCCUCUGAGGACGGACAUUUCAGGCGACAGGCAUCUGUGUUUCGCGAUACAAUUGAGCCUAACGGUGCCUUUCCCCCAGAAGCUGGAAGAUACCACUUAUAUGUCUCUUUUGCCUGUCCCUGGGCUCAACGCACUUUAAUCGUGCGAAAGCUAAAAGGACUUGAAGAUGCCAUUGGUGUCACUAUCGUCUCGCCACUCUUGGGUGAAAAUGGAUGGCCGUUCGCCAAUGCGGCAGCGUUCCCCCAGGCGGAGGAAGAUUCCUUGCACCCAGAAUUCAAGCAUCUCAAAGAGCUAUACUUCCAAGUCAACCCGGAAUAUAAAGGACGAUUCACAGUGCCGGUACUGUGGGAUAAGAAAAAUGAAACGAUCGUCAAUAAUGAAAGUUCUGAGAUAAUCCGCAUCCUGAAUACUUCCUUCGAUCAAUUCUCAGCAAGCGAAGUCCAAAGGAAGCUCGAUCUCUAUCCCGAGCCGUUGCGUGGAGAGAUUGACGCUACCAAUAGCUGGGUAUACGAUACAGUCAACAAUGGUGUGUACAAGGCGGGUUUUGCAACUAUCCAAAAUGCGUACGAUGUCGCAGUUAAGCGCCUCUUCGAGUCUCUUGACCGACUGGAGAAGAUAUUUUCCGGCGACAAGAAUUACCUUGUUGGGGAUCAACUUACAGAGGCUGAUGUCCGACUGUACACUACGAUCGUGCGCUUCGAUCCCGUUUACCACGGGCAUUUCAAAUGUAAUUUAGGGAGUAUCAGACACGACUACCCGAAUAUCAAUCGAUGGGUCAAAAACCUGUACUGGAAUAAUGCGGCUUUCAAGGAUACGACGAACUUUAGUCAUAUCAAAACCCAUUAUUACUGGUCUCAUCCCCAGAUCAAUCCGACCCGCAUCGUUCCGCUUGGCCCGAAGGUUGACAUUGAGCCUCUGUAG